AAACAGCUUUUGGCAGUCACUGGGUCCGGGCAGUAGAGGAGCAUUGAGCUCAGACUUGCACACUGCUGGAAGGAUCUAUUACACUGAAAAAAUUAGGAGAAGGCACAGUGUGACCAGACUGCUGUCUGAAAGGGAAGAGUGCUAAGAGGACUGAGAGCAGUGCAGAGCCUUCUGAAUCAGCAGAGCUCAAGAGAAAACCAAGAUGUCGAAGAAGUCAAAGGUGACCGAUCAGACUGCCACUGGGCAGGCGGGCAUCAGGAAGAAGUCAAAAGUGCCUGGUGUCAUGAUAACACAGUUUAUGGAGGAACUUCCAGAGGGGAUGACAACUCCGGAUUUCACCCGCAAACCCAUUGCUCUAACUAUUCAAGAGGGUAAAUUUGCAUUCUUUAAAGCCAAAAUAGUAGGAACCCCAACCCCUACUGUGACAUGGAGUAGAGCAAAUGGAGAAAUACUUUUUCACCCUGCUGUGUGCCAACAAAAAUAUGAUGAGGCAACCGAAGAACACACCCUUGAGUUCCCUAAAGUUGCUCCAGAAGAUGCUGACACCUACAAGUGUUUUGCAACAAAUGAAUAUGGAAGGGCUGUUUGCACUGUUGUUUUAAAUGUUAUUGAAGUUGGAUUUUCUAAGACCAAAGAACUCCAAAAGGCACAAAUCGAAGAAACAAUUGACUUCAGAAAACAACUAAAAAAACGUAAUCCAGAUGGAACACGUGAGCAUAAGACAAUGGAGACAGAGGAGAAGGUCUGGGAAAUUCUGCUCAGUGCAGACAAGAAAGACUAUGAGCGCAUCUGUGCUGAGUAUGGUAUCACAGACUUCCGUGGCAUGCUAAAGAAACUUAAUGAAAUGAAAAAAGAACGAGAAGAGGAGAUCGCAGAGUUUGUCACACAUAUCAGCAGUUUAAAGCCUAUUGAGGUCAAAGAUGAUGAUUAUGCAACAAUUGAGUUGGAUAUGGACCUCAAGGAUCCCAGCAGCAAAAUUUACCUGUACAAGGAUGGUGUCAUGGUUCCAUUUUCCAAAGAAGAGAGUGAUGAUCUGAAACACAGUUUGAAACAAGUUGGCAAAAAAUACAUAUUCAAAAUCAAAAAACUAGGAACAGAAGAUGCUGGACUCUACUCAGUGGAUGUUGAGGGUGUCAAUGUGUUCUCCACUGAUUUUAAAGUACCUCCAGUCGACUUUGCUGUCAAAAUACAAGAGAUCAAGGCAGAAGAACGAGAGGACGCCCUCUUUCAAUGUGUCCUAACUGCACCCAUGAAUGAGAUCAAAUGGUAUGGCAAAAGUGCUCUGCUGUCAAAUAGUGAAAAACAUGAAAUUACUGUAUCUGAGGAUAAGCUCAUCCACAAAUUGAUUGUGCGGGACUGCAUGCCUUUGGAUGCCGGUAUCUAUGCUGCUGUGGCAGGAAUAAAAUCUUGCAACGCUUGGCUUAUAGUUGAAGCUGACAAAGAUCCUGCAAGUAAGGGCAAGAAAGCGGCUCGCAAAACCACCAUGGCUGGAGGUGGCAACGAAGAGGAGCUGUUGAAAAUAGCAAAGGAGCAGCAAGAAAAAUAUCAGAAAGAAUUGGAAGAAAAACUGGAACUUGCAAAGAAAGCCCAUGCCGAGAAAGAAGCUGCUGGAGCAGCAACCCAAGAGGAUGAAGAAGCAGCUAAAAAGGCAGCUGCUGAAGCCAAAGCUAAAGCUAAGGCUGCUGCAAGAGCUAAAAGGGCAGCAGCUGGUAAAGACGGAGCUCCAAGGAAAAGUAAGAAAAAAGGAGCUGGUGCUGGAAGUGGUGCGGCCUCUGCUGAUGGAACUGUUGGUGCCGGGGGUGCUGCUGGUGUUGGUGGGCCUGCCAGUGCUGGUGGUGCUGAUGGAGCUGUUGGUGCCGGGGGUGCUGCUGGUGUUGGUGGGGCUGCCGGUGCUGGUGGUGCCGGGGGUGCUGCUGGUGCUGGGGGUGCUGCUGGUGUUGGCGGCGCUGUUGGUGCCGGGGGUGCUGCUGGUGUUGGCGGCGCUGUUGGUGCCGGGGGUGCUGCUGGUGUUGGCGGCGCUGUUGGUGCCGGGGGUGCUGCUGGUGUUGGCAGCGCUUUUGGUCCCGGUGGUGCUGCUGGUGCUGGCGGGACCAGUGGUCCUGGUGGUGCUGGCGGUGCUGCUGGUGCUGCUGGUAUUGGUAUUGCUGCUGGUGCUACUGCAGUUGCAGGUGCUGGUAGUACCAGUGGUAUUGGUGCAGGAGGUGCAGGGGGUGCAGGCAUUGGAGUUGAUGGUGGUGCCAGUGCUGGUGGACAAGAAGGUGGACAUGGAGCUGCAGCCAUUGGAAAAGGUGGAGCUCAAGGUGCAGCCGGCGUAGGAGUCGGUGGCGUGGAAGGAGAAGCUUUUGAGGAAGAAGAUGAAUAUGAUUCAUUUGAAGAUUCUGAUGAAGAAUUUGAGGAGGAGUGGGGAGAAGAAGGAUAUGUAGGAGGAGGAGGAGAGGAAGGAGGAGGAGGAGAGGGAGGAGAAGGGGGUGAAGGAGGAGAGGGAGGAGGUAAAGGAGGAAAACGCAGAAAACGUGUGAGAGCUGGUCCUCUGGUUCCAGAUACAGUAAUAGACCCAGGAGUUCACUUUCAUGCUGGACUUUCUGACUGCAAAGCCGUUAUUGGAGAAGCGGCAGAGCUGGAGUGUAAAGUGAGCAGUGAAGACUGUGUGGGAGUCUGGUACAAAGAUGGAGAAGAGAUUAAGUCAUCUGAGGGGUUAACUAUUUCAAAGGAUGGAACAUUUCACAGACUGAAAAUUCAUAAAGUCACCGAAGAAUUUGCAGGGAAAUAUAAAUUUGAAGCAGAUGGGCGUAAAACAGAGGCAGAGAUUACUGUUGAAGAUCCACCACGAUUUAAUGCUGAAGAUCUGAAAGCAUUCAAAACUCCUGUCACUGUGAAAAAAGGACACAAAGCUACGUUCAACUUGGCUUUUAUUGGACGGGAACCUAUAAAAAUUCAGUGGUACCAUGAGGGUGAAGAGCUUUCGGAGGACGCAAACAUCAAGAUAGAGCAUUCAGAGGGGUCUAGCCGUCUACUGCUAUUGAAGCUUCAGCGUAAAGAUAGUGGUGAAAUCAAGUUUAAACUCAAAAAUGAGUUUGGCACUGUGGAGGCUCUCAGCCAACUUGUUGUACUGGAUAAACCUACUCCUCCAAUGGGACCUCUAGAGAUUGUUGAAGCCUCCUCCUCUGCAGUUGAAUUCAAGUGGAGACCCCCAAAAGACAGUGGUGGCUCCAAGAUAUUAAACUAUAUCCUUGAACGACAACAAGUUGGCCGUAACACCUGGAAGAAGUUGGGGCCAAUUGGUCCUGAGGCCAAAUACAGGGACACGGAUGUAGACCAUGGCCGACGGUAUUGCUAUCGUCUCAGAGUGGAGACUGAAAUGGGCAUCAGUGAGCUGAUGGAAACAGAGGACAUUCAAGCUGGUACAAAAGCAUACCCCGGACCUCCAUCAGCACCCAAGGUUGUCAGUGCCUUCAAAGACUGCAUCACUCUCUCCUGGUCUCCCCCUGCUGACACCGGAGGAACCGGUAUUCUGGGAUACAACCUUGAAAAGCGCAAGAAGGGCAGCAACUUAUGGGGCCCUGUCAAUCCACCCAAUGAGAUGAUUAGAGGGAAGCAAUUUGCUGUGAAAGAUGUAGUUGAGGGCAUGGAGUAUGAAUUCCAUGUGUCUGCGAUCAAUAACUCUGGAGCUGGUGAAUUCAGUUCCCCUUCAGAAUUCGUGUUUGCCAGAGACCCUAAAAAACCUCCUGGUAAAGUCAGUGACUUCAAAGUGACAGAUUCCACUUACACAACCAUCUCCUUGUCUUGGACAAAACCCAAGGACAUUGAGGGGGUUGCAGAUGAAGCAAAGGGAUAUUUUGUGGAGAUCAGGCUUGCAGAAAACACAGAGUGGGAUCGCUGUAAUUUGAAUGCAAUAACCAUGACGUCUUAUACAGUAAAAGGCAUGAAGUCAAUGGGUAUGUACUGGGUAAGAGUCAUUGCUAUCAAUGAAGGAGGCCAUGGAGACCCACAGGAACUGGAUAACUACCAUAUCUCUAUGCCACCUCCUGUGAGGCCACGAUUCACUGAUGCCAAAAUUAAGAGUUUUAUGGUAGUGAGAGCAGGAAAUUCAGCACGAUUCAACAUUAACUUUGAGGCCUCUCCUUGGCCAGAUGUAAUCUGGCUAAAAGAUGGCGUGCCAGUGUCUAAAAAAGUGACCAUCAGUAAUGCAGAGGGUACAUCCCAGAUUCUCAUUCCUUCUGCUGAGCGCUCAGAUACUGGAGUCUAUACAAUCAUUGUCAAGAACGUUGUUGGGCAAGAAACAAUCAGCAUUGAAAUUAGAGUCACAGAUGAGCCCAAGCCUCCAGGUCCUGUGGAGUUAGACGAAAAUGUGCAUGGUACUGUGACUAUUUCAUGGACAGAAUCUCCAGAUGAGAAACGUGAUGACAGGCUGCACUACAUGGUGACCAAGCGUGAUUCAAGCAAAAGAACAUGGAACACCAUUGCAGAUCGAAUCUUCAACAACAGAUUCACAGCAUGUAACAUAAUGCCAGGCCGAGAAUACCAGUUCAGAGUCUAUGCAAAGAACGACAUGGGCUCCUCCAAACCCUCUGAAUCGCCCAAGUGGCUGAUUCCUGCCAAAAAAGAAAAGUUCACUGUGAAAGUGCCAGAAUCAAAGGCGUGCAAUCUGCUGUGUCCUCCCAAGUUCAUUGUCCCACUGAAAAUGCACACAGCUCCUGAAGGGUAUGAAUGCUAUAUGACUUGUGCUAUAAAAGGGGAUCCAACACCUCAUGUCACAUGGCUCCGCGACAAUGUCAGUCUGAAUACAAACACUAACUACCUAAUCUCCAACACAUGUGGAGUAUGCUCUCUGCUCAUAUUGAGGGUUGGGUCUAAAGACACCGGGGAGUACAAGGUUGUUGCAGAAAACUCUUUGGGAAGGGCAGAGUCUGCAACUAAACUCACAGUCAGAGAAUAAAUGGACACACUGAAGAUGGCAGACUUGCUUUAUAAUGCCAGCAUAAAUCAAGCUCGUGAUAAUGCCAUAUUGUUUGCAGUUAAGUGAGAACUGUCAUGAAUGAAACCUUUUUUGUUGUUUUUUAAAUUAUGCUAGUAAUGCCUUCCUUAUUUGAUUCACAAAUUCAAAAAAACAUCAUCUAAAGUUGAAGUAACAAUAAAGCUUUAGGCCUGCAAAAAUUGCUUAAAUAAAAGUAACCAACAUGUGUCUAUUUUCAUUUCAAGGGUAUAACAGUAAUGAAAUAAAAUACUGAAAUAUAACUGGGAAAACUAUAUAGAGUAUUUAGCUCUGCGCAGCACUGACUGUUAUUAGAUUAGUUACUAUUAGUCUGAAGGUGAUGAAACAACUGACUUGUGUCUUGACAGAUUUUUAGAUGCAAGAAUCUUUGGCUUGUAUAGUAGGUAUUUGUAGAAGACCCCAGAAUAAAACUAAUAUGAGACAACAUAUGAACUGACAGGAUAUUUACAUUAUAAUGACACUGCUGUCAUAAAAUGACAUCACUAUGAAAAUUGUGUGAGUUUGAUGUAAAUAAAUAUUUCAAACAGCAUCGUGACAUUAAUUUUUAAUGUGACCUGCAAGUCACUUUGACCUGAAAAUAAUAAUAAAAAUGUAC